AUGAAGUUCACGGUUUUAUCACUUAUCUGUCUCUUCCUUUCAUUGGUACAAGCUCACAAUGUGUUAUUACCUCCAUAUGGUAAACAUUGUUUCUUUGAAAACUUAAAGCAAAAUGAUCAAUUAGCUAUUUCUACUCCAAAUGGUCAAGUUGUGUUGAAGAGGGGUGACCUCGACCACGGUGACGAAUCCAUCAAAGCUACCACUUCAGGAAAAUAUAUGUACUGUUUCUCUAAUGAAAAGUCUGGUAGAGUUGACAUAGAUGUCUCAUUCAACGUUCAUGGUGUGAUCUAUGUUGACGUAAACGACCCAAGGGCAGAUUCAUUGGACUAUGCUAUUCAAAGAUUAUCUCAAUUAACCGCAAAUGUUAAGGAUGAACAAGCUUACUUGGUUAUUAGAGAACGUACGCAUAGAAAUACCGCCGAAUCCACCAACUCCAGAGUCAAGUGGUGGUCUGUAUUCCAAAUCUUGGUGGUUGCAGUCAAUUCUCUUUUCCAAAUAUAUUACUUAAGACGUUUCUUUGAAGUAAAGUCAGUAGUGUGA